AUGUGUUCCGGCAAGAGAGUGUGGAAGACACAGGGAACAGCGGUGAUCGAAAUCGACAUCUCAUCAUUGGAGCAGGAAAUCAUCGACCAGCUUUUCCGCAGUGUAACCUACAUAAAAAUGUGCAUCAUCCUUCGGCAAUCACAAAUUCAGUACCUACGUAUGCCAAACCUGGUUCAAUUGCACUCGUGCGAACCAGGACGAUCAGCAUUCACCAUAGAAGGAAAUAUGCAGCUUGAAGUAAUUGAGCUGUCACCAGUGUUUGAAUGGCAAAUCAGUUAUGAGCCCUUCACGAUCAUAUACAAUCCAGCGUUACGACAAUAUCCUCCGUUGCAACAAUGCAAGUACUGCGCGUUCGAGCACAAUACAAGAUGUGGAGUGACUUGGCCGGCCCUGGCGUACACUACGCUUGAAGAGAUAUUGCAGAAUUGUAUGGGAAAACCAAGGAUUGUGUUCACCGAAGUGGUCACCGUCACUCAAGAGCAGUUCACAGAACUCUGUUCAGCCCUAUAUCUGCAAAUGUGUUUCAAUAUUACUAAUACCGACUACACGUCUAUUAGCUGCCCCAUGUUACGAGCAGUGGCACCAUGCCAACCAGGACAACAAGUUUGGACGAUCAUUGGCAACUCGCAGCUCGAAUCAGUAGUUAUUAACACCCUAGUCAAGUUCUCUGUGGAAGAAAAGAUCAUGAUUGUGAGAGAGAACCCCUUGAUUCCUAAUAAUGAACUUAUCAUUCUGAAAGAGAUAUGCAAGGACUGCGUAAUAGAAUACGAAUCA